AUGACAGACUCUGACGUUGAAGAAGAAGAACUCUACUUGAGCUGGGCAUUACUUAUACUGACUACUUUACUUAUCGGUGCACUAUGGACAAGUUAUUAUUUACAGAUCAAGAGAAUAAGAGCCGUUCACGAGACUGUGGUUUCGAUAUUUGCUGGGAUGUUUGUGGGGUUAAUAAUUCGAGUUUCGCCCGGGAUUAUAAUUCAGAAUACGGUUACUUUUAAUCAUGCGUAUUUCUUCAACUUGCUGUUACCACCGAUCAUAUUAAAUUCGGGAUAUGAGCUUAAACGGUCCAAUUUCUUUAGGAACUUUGGCACUAUCCUCACUUUUGCAUUCUUUGGAACCAUUAUAUCCUCCUUGGUGCUUGGACUACUCGUCGGAUUUUUGGGUCUAUUGGGAAUUGUGUCCAUAUCAUUUUUGGAAUCAAUGAUAUUUGGUGCAAUUCUUUCGGCAACUGACGCGGUCACUGUUCUUACAAUAUUCCAAACGCUUAAAGUUGAUCCCAAGCUGUAUUCAAUUAUAUUUGGCGAGAGCAUACUUAACGAUGCUGUUGCCAUCGUUUUGUACGAAACAUUGAAGCAAUUCCACGGUCAAGAUUUACAUUUAUCCAACAUAGCGCGCGGUAUUGGAAUGUUUUGUGGUGUGUUUACUGCAUCCUGGAUCAUUGGAGUUGGCGUUACUCUAUUUACUGCCACUGACCUUGAGUAUCAUCCCUUCUUUAUAUUGUUCACAUCUCUGUUUAUCUGUGUCUCUAGAUAUUGCUCAGUGUUUUCACUAUCCAAGUUGUUGAAUAUGAUGGCAGCAUAUAGGGGCCAGGAAGAACGACUGACUCGACCACAUCAAGUGAUGUUGUUCUGGGCAGGAUUGCGUGGGGCAGUAGCUUUUGCUCUAACGGCGGGAUUGACUGGUCCACAUGUGCCUGCAAUACGUACGACUAUUCUGGUGGUAGUUGUGCUGAGUGUUAUAAUAUUUGGAGGAAUGACUAGUCGAAUGUUGGAAAUACUGAAAAUAAGUGUUGGAGUAGAAGAAGACGAAAGCAGCGGAGACAGCGAGGAUGACGACAGAUUUGAGAGGGGUAACUUUCGAGAAAGAUACAGGGACGAUUUUUCUCAUAGGACAGAAAGAUUCUAUGAGCAUCUCCAGCAUUCUUAUUCACAGAAUUCAAUUAUUUCAAUAGAGAGUAACGAUGAAUUAUUGCCAGCUCACCAAACACCUACAGCUGCCACGGCCGCUGACAAAACUCACUGGUUUAUGUCUUUUGAUGAUCGAUUUCUUAAACCUAUCUUUUGUCGAUCUAACAGGGUGAACAAUUCUCCAUCCCGGGAACGAUGGAGAAACGAAAAUUUAAGAAGGCGAGAUGCCGAGCCGGACAAUUUUGUUGGAACAAUUAAUUCAUCACGAUCGUCAGUUUCACCACCGAAUAGAAUGGAUAGUAAUAAAGUCUCCGUGUCAAGACAUGAGAACAAUGCUCAUGGCAGCACACUUAGCGUAGAUCAGAAUGUUCAAUUAGAGGAUCUAAAUUUGGAUUCCAAUAAUCCAGACGUCAUUCGGAGAUUUAUUGAUUCAAACAUGGAAUCGGAUGACAGUGCUGAAGAACAAUCGUUAUUGGAUUUAUCUAAAUGA